CACUGUUUAUGUCACCGGCUCAUGGUGGUGGGUGUCUCGGCUUUCAUGGCCGCCCGGCUGACAGCAGCGUCUCUCCGUGUGACAGGAGCUUGAGAGGCAGUAUUCACCCAGCCAGUGGUCGCACAGGAUGUCGGCAGACGACGUGAUCAAGGCUCAUGUGAAGGCUUUAAAGGAAGGUACUGAGCGCGCCCGUGGUCUCGCUCAAACCUUGCUCAACGUGCCAUAUGGGGAGGGAGAUGGAGAGAAACUGGAUGUCUACAUACCCAGCACCAACUCUUUGGAUGUCCAUCUUGUUAUUUACCUGCAUGGAGGCUACUGGCAGUUUCUCAGUAAGGAGGAGUCGGGAUUCAUGGCUGUUCCACUCGUGGAUAAAGGCGUAGUGGUGGUUGCCGUCGGCUAUGACAUCGCCCCCAAAGGUAACAUGGACCUGAUGGUGUCUCAAGUACGCAGGAGUGUCGUGUCUGUUAUUCAGCAGUACUCUCACAUCAGUGGUCUGUACCUGUGUGGCCACUCUGCUGGGGCUCACCUGGCUGCAAUGGUACUCUCCACUGACUGGUCGCAGUACAGCAUUACACCUCAGAUCAAAGGUGCUUUCCUUGUCAGUGGCAUAUAUGACCUCCUGCCCAUCCUGUCCACCUACGUCAACGAGCCUUUGAAGAUGACAGAGGAGGUGGCGGUGAGGAACAGCCCCAGCAAGUUGGUCCCUCAGCUGAAACUCUCCUCCUCCAGCUGCCACAUCGUUGUGGCCGUCGCUGAGAACGACUCGCCGGAGUUUCGCAAGCAGUCCGAAGAAUACUACAAAACUUUGGAGGCAUCAGGACUUAAUGUGACCAUGGAGGAUGUGGCCAACACAGACCACUUCAGUAUCAUUGAGCAACUGGUAGAUGGGGAGUAUCACCUAACAAAGCUUCUCUUGAAGAUGAUGGGGAAGAGCUGAAGCAGCAGUCUUUGAUCCAUCGGCUAAUAACAUACCUCUGUAUCAACAUACACCUCUGAGCAGAGUCACUGUGCACAGAUACUGACAAAAUAUGCAUUAUUUUAGGUUUGCACUGUGGUAAAUGUACAAUUUCUGUCCAUUUUGAUUGAUCAAUAAGGUGGCAUGUAUUGUUUUGACCGUCUAGUUUACAGUUUUGUUAGUUAAUAUCUCUGCUCACUGUAUACUGCUGCCAGAAAAUGUCCUACAACACCUUAUGUUCCAACUACUAUAUCAUAUUAUAAAAACAUUGCGUGCCUAAAACUGAGUCACUACAAGGAUUGUGAUUGUUGCAAAUGAUACUGCAGUUAAACUGUCUCGUAUUCAGUUGUAAAUUGUUUAAUGACAAUAGUGCACAGAGUUAUUGGCAGGAAAUACUGUUCCACCAGCAUACUAUAAGUUGUAGAGCUGAUGGUUGGUUUUGGCAUAUUUCCAGUGUUUUGGGGUGUGUCUGUGUUUUGUGUUUUUUGUUUCCUGUGACAAUCUGCACCACAACUUAAAGAAUCAUGUCAAGAGUACUGACAUACAAAGUGAAUGUAGCUUUUUAUUGUAACCUUCACAAUGCUGAUAUCUCACCCAGGGAAACUUUAAUUUGUUAUCCACACUUUAUAAAUGUUGCUACUGAAAGCUAUAUAUUUGCACUUCCUAUCCUAAAGCAUAUUAAAAUGAACAUAUUUUUAAAGAACAAAUGGGACUAAAUUUAGCUGAUGCACAUUGUUACUUACUGCCCUCGUUCUAGCAUCUUAAAUAAUUGUUCACGUUAUUGUUUACACAAAGUGUUCUAUUAAUCCUGACUGUAGAUCAUAAAGACAACAAUCACAAUAAAUAUUUAUAUUUGAGAACUCUU